UCUAGAUUGCAUAGAUUGAUUGCUUCUUCAUAUAACAUUGUUGUUGUUUUUCUUUUGCUUCUCUUGAGCACGAAUAACAGACGAUGUCGGAUCCGAAAUACGCCCAGUCGAAAUUGCUUUCUACGGGGCCUUUGGACCCCCAAGAAGCCGUAUGGACCAGAUUGGUCAUGACGACGUAUACUGAUCCAAAUGGGGUGGAAAGGACGUGGGAGUCUGCAGAGCGCAAGACACGGCCCCCAAACUGUGAGAUUGAUGGUGUGGGAAUUGUAACGAUCCUUAAUAAGGAAAGUGGACCGGAGCUCCUCCUACAAAAGCAGUACCGCCCGCCGAUUGACAAGGUGGUCAUCGAGGUCCCGGCCGGGCUGAUUGAUCCCAAUGAGACCGUGGAGGAGUGCGCUGUGCGCGAGCUCAAGGAGGAAACGGGCUACGUAGGUGUGGCGGAGGAGACCAGCAGUGUCAUGUACAACGACCCUGGAUUCUGUAACACCAACCUCAACAUGGUGCAUGUCCGAGUGGAUAUGUCCUUACCCGAGAACCAGAACCCGAAGCCCGAGCUCGAAGACAACGAGUUCAUCGAGUGCUUCACUGUGCCUUUGUCUUCAUUGUUUGAGGAAAUGAAGAAACUCGAGAAAGAGGGAUACGCCAUCGAUGCUCGUGUGGGCACAAUAGCGGAGGGAAUCCAACUCGCGAAGAGAUUCAAGCUUUGAGCUGUAUGUAGAUGAUCCAGCAUUAGCGUUGUCUUGCACAAUGGAUGUGGGCUCCCAUUUUGUCUUCUGAAGGCCUCACUGUACCGUCGAUAGAUUGCCAAAUGCGAUAUAUUUAGAUCAGUGUCGAUGUCAGAUGUUCUGUUAUCAGAGUCACACAAAUUCGGAGCAUGGAGACCCGCCUAUAGCUUCCCCUCCUCCUUGAGCCCUCUAUACAACGCCCA